AUGGAGCCGUCACCGCUCACACAGGUCUCGCGGCCGGACUCGUUCCAGCCAAAGAUUGUCCAUCUGUACGAGACCCUGCUGGACGACGAAUACGACCUGUCUGAGGGCUUCUGGGAAGAGUUCUUCCUCCAUCGCCCAGACGGCGCAGGAUUGAGGCGCCUCCUCGAUGGGCUGGGCCCUGACGACAUGUUGCAAUUGCAGGCGCAUUCGCAGCAGCUAUUCCUGGGCGCCAUCCUCCGCGUGAAGCAGGCCACGACGCCCUCGGACGAGAUCGCCCUCGACACCUUGACCGUGUUCCUAGAUGCCGCCCUUAGCAAGAGAUACACGAACCCCAGCUCCGACAUCAUCUCGGUGCUCGCAGGUCUGCACAACGCCGAUUCGGUGCUGUCCGACUUUGUUGCGACUCUCGACGCCGUGAUCCGCAACGGCCGAAGCCCUGCGCUGCGACUCAAGGCGGUGCGUACGGCGCUCUCCGUGACGGCCGCGGCCUUCCACACAGGAAUCCCUUCGUACUUUACCCAUCGAGACCUGUUCCCUUCGCUGAUGAAGUACACCCAAGAUUGCGAGGACAGCGCCCAGGUCUUGCCUGCCUUUUACCUGCUGGGCCUAUUGGUGAACUACAAUAAAUUUGAGUUCCAGAACCCGUACCGACUGCGGCUCGACGACUUCGUGAAUGAUGGCAUAAUACAGAAGAUGAUCGCGUGCUUUGGGUCCACGUGCUGUACGAUGCGGGAUGCGUACGUAGCAAUCCAGGACGACAUGCCCGAGGGGUGGACGUUAGGGUCAACCCUCAAUUACAUUGGCCUGGGCGUCCUAGCUCCCGGCUCAAGGCCUUCGACCCCGGCACCAGCUGCUGACGAGACCAAGCCUUUGUUCGCCGCUCUCCCUAGACCAGAGAUAGGUGCUCUUCUCUCCACCUACGACUUCGUAAACGCGAAUAAGUUGUUCUGCUUCAACCUUGUAACACUUCCCGCUAAGGAGAAGGGCGAGGCUUCACCGCUAGCUGCGUUCCUAUCUUUAACCUCUUACCUCUUUCAGCAUGCACAUCGCUCUCACAGGUCGUCGUUGUAUGCGUAUUUGAGCCUCUUCGUCCUGCAAAUUCUUGUAGAAGACCAAAUACUUAUCAAGCGACUGUGCAGCGACGACAGCAAGAUAUCAGUGCGGCUCUGUCGGCAGAGGCAACCAUUCCUGCCCCUUGCAAAAGGCGACCGCGUCGCAAGCGCCAUUAUUGUUGAUCUUAUGAUCGAUGGCAUCAAUCACAACUUACGGAGGCGACUAGAUGUGGACUUCUACAUGCUUUGCCUUGGCGUCCUCUUACGUGUAUUGUCGUACUUGAGUAGGGUCAAGAUCCGCAUGGUGUACCACUGGUCGGAGCUUUGGAGAACCCUCCUCUCCUUUUUCCGUUUCCUGUCAACUUAUGCCAAUGAUGUCCGGCCUCUCCCUGGGUCAUCAGCGAUGGUUGAUCAUCUAGUCAAUCUGCUAGCGUUUGCCCUUUCAAGCGGAGAAAACUUUUUGCCAGAUCCGGCAUCCUACGACGAUCUGUUCUACAAACUUGUUGAAACAGGAGAUAUUCUGGUGAAAUUUCGAGAUGCAUUUGGGUUAUCCCGUCAGCCGGGGUCCAGCUCCAUUGACACGCUGAUAAACGUAUCAUCUCACUACCAUGGCCUCCUUGAGGGCACCGAAAAAGGGAAAAUGAGAAGCAAGAACCUCAGUCCAAGGGAGGUCAGUAAUGUCAUUAAGCAGGGUUACGAUACCCUUUCCUUUGAAGCGGGCGAGGGCUUAGGUCGUUGGGAGAAAUUUCGAGAGGCUGAUUCUAAGACUCUUCUAAAGAAGAUCGCACGGGCUGCGGUCGAUGAUGCGAAGACAUUUGCCGAAGAAAGAUGA